AUGUGGGAAUGGCAAGAUGCCACUUGGCAUCGCGUCAACAGCAAGGAUGCGCAGGUUCUCGAAGCUGCGUACUCUCAGGAUGCGAUGGGGCUGCACUACUUGGCCAUGGGGCCGCACAAGCGACUGUAUCAAAUUGAUUUCUCUGUGAUGAAGCAGUGGAAUCAGGUGUCAGGCAGCAUGCGGUACCUGCGCCGCAAGGCCCGCGCGGUCCAGGAAAAUGUCCUGGAAUCAGAAUCCGAGAAGGAGCUCAAUCAAUUAGAAGAAGCGUUCUUGAAGGCCGAACUGUUGGUGGCCGAAGCUGCGGAUUGCCGGAACAUUAUCGAGGUGCCAGAGAUCGCUCCUUGCGCAGAAGCGGAGCCUCGUGGCCAGGACGAAGAAGGAGCAGAGAAGGAGGAGAUCCUCCAGAUGCAUUGGGCAAACGGCCUGCUUGCCUUCCAGCCGGGAGUGCCGAAAGCUUCAGAGAAGGAAGCAUUGGAGGACUUCGCGAGCCUGCCGAUGUUGCAAAGGUCCGUCGAGCGGGGUCACAUCGCACUUCUGCGCGCCUCCUGGCUUCGCCGCAUCCUUGCCCAACCCGCUCAGCCCCUUCCUCGGCGCCAGGCGCUGCCACCAGAGGCCUUCUGGAGCGACUUCAGCGGCUUGACGGGCAACGUAUCUUCAAGACUGCUUGUCGUGUCUCAUUUCUGGCAAGAAGAACAGCCAGAAUCUGACUGCCAAAUGCUGGAGCUUCUUGCCAAGAUGGUGGAGAAGCACAGCCAAAGAUUGUCUUCAGAAGAGCACGGCAUGGAGUUUGCUAUUUUUUUGGAUUGGUGCAGCCUCUACCAGCAGCCCCGAUCAGAGGAUGAAGAAGCCACAUAUCAGCGAAGCCUGCAGGACAUGAGCGCCUGGUAUGCCUCGCCUUGCACCACCAAGUGGUUCAUGCCUAGUUCUGAUUCUAUGCACAUCUGGCCGUGCUUGCAGCGAAUGCUAGCGACUUUGAGCUCCGAGUCCCUGGUGGUAGAGGCCAGCGAAGCGGUAGCCCAGUCCAGCUGCCCUCUAUCCCCGUCGCGACCGACUCUCCUUCAAGCAUUCGGUGCGUCUGGAAGCCCUCCAACGACACCUAGCGCUUUCAACCUGAUGACUGAGAGUCAAGGCUUCGAUGAGCACGUGGUGUCACUGGCGCAAAAGUUGUACCACAAGGCCUUCACGGCCGUGCUGGGUGCACAAGAAUGGAUGGACUUCUCGAGCCGCGGCUGGGACGACUUCAAUGCACUCCGGCUAGCUGAGGUACUGGUUCACAGCCGGCAUCUUGUGAAACUCGUUCUAUCGGAGAAUAGCAUCUCGGAUGUGGGCAUGGAGGCGAUAGCAGCUUGCUUGCCCGGCACGCUGCAGAUCCUGGACAUCUCCCACAACAUUAUCGGUGAUGGGGGCGCCGGUUGCUUGGCGAGUGCCCUUUGCAAGCUGCCGGAGCUGCGGCAGCUCUACAUCAGCGCAAACAGCUUUGGGGAGAAUGGAUUCGCGGCCAUAGCCUCAAAGCUACCGCUCUGUCCAAAAUUAUCAACAUUACGAGCAGCUAAGCUCGGACUCGGAGAUGCACUGCAGGCUUUGGCACUGGUUCUACCGCAAUGCCCCAGCCUACAAAGCCUUUGCUUGAAUGAGAACCAGAUGGGAAGUGCCUCAGCAAGCCUUCUGGCAAGCACGUUGACUUCCUUCAUUGAGGAGCUGCAACUUGACGACAACGAGAUAGGGGACGUGGGCAUACGCGCACUGGCGGGCCGCUUCAAAGAUUCCUCACACUUGCGCCUCCUCUCGCUGAACGAAAAUUGCUUCGGCGAUUCGGGCGCAGCCGCCUUGGCACGAGCCUUGCCGAGCUGCCCGGCUUUGCGCACUUUGAGAGUCAGCUGCAACCACAUCUCCCCGCAGGCCGGUGUCAUUGAGCCUCGCUGGGAGGGCGGCGGAUUCCGGCAGUUCGAUGUGUUUUUUAUGUUCGACUUUGACCAGACCCUCACGGUGUUUCAUGUCUUCAAGUCGCUCUCCGGCUGGAAACAGGAGGGAGUUUGCGCCAGCAUCCCGAAGCCGCACGCGAUGAGUGAGCUAGGGCAGGUGGCACGGAUUGAUGAGCUCAGCAGUGGGGAGUUCGCAACCCAGGGUGGCUUCCCCUGCGCAGCUUUCGGUGGAAACAAUCGCGUCGAGGAGGUGCGGAGGAUGUUGCAAAGUCUUCAGAAGGAAGACGCCGAGAUGGUGAUUUGCACUAAGGGCUUCGUGGGCCCCGUGCAGUUCUGCCUUCAUGUCCUCGGGCUUCGGUCAUACUUCACACAGGUCUAUGGUCACAUCGGUGUCACCUACGGCACCUCGCCCUUUGACAAGCAGGCCGCUUUGCAAUUCUCGAAACAUCCGGAUGGAUGCUCUGACUUGUGCAGCGUAUGUUUAUGGCCAACCAGGUUUGGGGCUGUAGGUGCAGUUGCCAUUCUCGGAUUGCCACGUUACUUGAUGUUACAGGUGAUCGCCGAUCCGCCCGCGCUGGCCCCACAGUUCCUGGGAGAAGCGUGGCAGGUCUGUUACAGACGGGUUCAACGUGGGUGGCAGAGCAGCUUGCCCAUGGGCUUCAUUGACCCGUGA